UUGUGACUGAAGCUCGCAUGAGGUCGGCAAUCGCAAUCGUUAAUCGAACUCGACAUUUACGAGACUGCAUGAUCGAUCGUACGAGUAUCGAAGACGCUUCCUUCCUUCGCACUUAAACGAGCAUGAAAGCCCUCGAGGGAUUCAGCCGCAUUCUCAUCACCUUUAUAGUUGCCGUUAUGGUGAUCGUCAAGGCCGAUAUUAGGCGAGAUUGUCGAAAGCAAAGCGGAGUAUCAUGGGCUGCGCUGAAGAAGCUCAGGGCUGGCGACUUCAAUCAGGAAGACCACAGUGUCAAGUGUUACCUCAAGUGUUUCAUGGUGAAGAAUGGCAUUAUGAGCGAGGACAAUUACGUCGAUGUGGAUAAGGCCUUAAGGCAUUUACCAAGAAAGCUACAGGAGCCUUCACGAAAAAUUCUCGCACGCUGUAAGGACUCGGCCGGCAAAGAUUCUUGUGACAAAGCUUUUCAGAUUGCCAAAUGCUACUUCAAGUCGCAGCCUGGGAUCCUCAAAAAUGUCUCCUUCGUGUAAACGAGACGACUGAAUUGCACCAAUGGAAUGGUGAUUUAAUUUGUGAAGUAAAUUACGGAAAAUCAUAGUAUUUGAAUACUAUGCUAGAUGUCGCUGAUCACGAAUAAACACAGUUGGUAGUACUGGAGACUUUCCUAAUAAAAAAUCCCCACAGGACAUUUUUACCGACGGGUAUGAAACGCGACUGGAAUAACCGCAGGAGGAAGGUACAAUACCGGGAGCAUACCUUUAGAAAAGCUUCGUCCACACGUAAGGCAGGGCGGAUGGCUUGAAAAAGCGAAGCAGAAUACUUCGAAGACUACGAAGCUCGAGCGUGACUCCUGGACUUAGAGUAGGAGGAGGAAGGGACUACGAGGUGUACGAGGCAGCUAGCUCUAUCUUGUUUACGGCCUUUUUAAUGCCUCGGAACCUUCACCUCCCUACACUCAACAUUCACCUUUCUUGCCUCCAUAAACCUUGCCAAUCUGUAAUUCCAUACCCAUGUCCGCGUCACGUUCCUAAUCCUUGGGUCUGUGACCAUUAUGAGUAAACACGUGUCACGUAUCGUAUAUCUCUAGCUACUCUAACAAAUAACUCUAAAACAUUUGACUACGGGAAUUUCCCUUUAGUAUUGUUAUUCCGAUCCAUGCAUCUUUUUUUUCUACGCCCAGUAUCAGCUAUUAAAAUUUCCAACAACCAACGGGCGAUGCUGUACAGUUUUUAAGUUUUUUCCUUCAAAAUUAGUAUUCGCGCUGCAUACGUACAUAAAUUCUGCACACAGUGUACAUGAGAUGUUUUUCUUCCUAAUUCACGUAUCAGCUGAUUAUGUAAUUCUGACACUAUAUCAAUACGUCAAACCAAAGUCUGACUUAGGAACGUCAAAAUAUUGUGACUGAAAUAAAGUCUUGUAAGCACAAGUUGCAUAACGCUUUGUACAUCCUUAUGAGCAUUUUAACGAAAAAAAAAGAGUAACCAAUACUUGUGUUAAUUUUGUUGUUUGAGAAUCAUCGUCGACUGGUUCUGCUUGUCAAUUGGUGUGUCCAGGCGUAUAUAAGGACUCGUUAUUCCUGUCUUUGAUCAGUUAGUUUCUUACGAGACCGAUGAGAAACAUGAAGGUUUUUAUUCUCCUGUCAAUCCUUUGCGUUUCUGCGACAUUAGCAGACGACGCGACAGCCGACGACAGGAAUGCAGCUAAGCAAAAGUGUUAUCAGUCUACUGGUUUGACAGUAGGCGACGUGGACGCUUU